AUGCGGCCACGCAUAAAGGGCCAAUCCCUCCGCACUGCCUCGGGCCGGCGCUUCCUCUCCCCCGAUGACGCGCUACGCGACCUGCACAAGUACGCCAGCCAAGGCGCCGAGAUACGCUGGGAGCUGCACACCUCGCGCACCGACGUCCAGGCGACCCGAUGCGGCUGCCACGGCCCCCGUCGGCCCACCACCGGGGACGACCAACUGCUCCCGGGUGGCACGAGGCCGGGCGAGCGCCGGGAUCUCCGCAAGCACCACAGCGCCGAGAUCGACAAGUGGUCCCUGCGCCAGGACGCCGAGCACGAGCUGCGCAAACACCUCAGUGACGACAGCUGCUACGUGGACGGCGCUGGCCGUGGACGCCUCGAGCGCAAGUGGACCCUCCAGGUGCCCGAGGUCCACGAGAACCCCCGGCGCCGCUGCACCUGCCCCAAACCGCCCCCACGCACGCCCUCGCCCGAGCAGCCGGCCACACCCGAGCCCGGCCUCAUCGACGACCAACCACCACCACCACCACCUCUGGUCGAUUACCAGCAGGAGGAAGCAAAGAAGCCCGUUGGGGCGGUCGAGUGUGGCAAGCGUACGCUGAGGAGGCGUUGGGCCCAGGGUAAGGCGCACCAGUCCCUGCCGGGGGAUAAGCAAUCGUCGUCCAAGUGGCUGCGGGGCGCGGGCCUCGAGGACGGCAAGAGCAAGAGCCUCAAGGAGCGGCCCAAGUACAGCGUGCGCCGCAGCAUAUCCCCGGACCCCGAUCCGCGCCAGAUAUUGCGGCUGGACAGUCGGUUGGUGCGCCGGCUCGUCUCGCCCGAGGUUGCCCUGGGCAAGGACGCCAAGUGGGCCCCGUACGAGGGCUGCUCGCCCCUGCCGAGCGUCGGCAUGCGCAAGCGCGACGUGAAAAAACUCGCGGACAUCAAGUGGCAGGAGGGCUCGUCCCGGGAGCCGAGUCCCCAGCCCGACUCGCCUCGCGACGACUUUCGCAACGUCACCCCGACCAGGCUGCCACCACCGGCCACCGAUGCCUACGGGAGCACCGACGACGAGGAGUGGCGCAUGCGUUUUCUCAACCAGGUGUCGGCCUUCCCGAUAUACCAGGGCGCCUGGCGCGAGGAGACCCCACCGCCGAGUCCACGCCCCGAGCCCCCGGUCUGGUCGCCACUGAGGCAGCGCUCGGAGGAGGAGGAGGAGGAGCCCCCGACGCCCCGGAAGCGCUCGACCUUUAAGAUCCGCUCGGGCCGGAAAAAGUCCUCCUCCUCCUCCUCGCGUGUCAAAGCCCAGCCGGAGGAGCGUCGACGGCCACAGCUACAGAGGUCGGUGGCAGUGACGCUCGACGUGCCCCACAUGGACGCGAGUAAGCGCUCCCUGAGCGAGGAGGUGCCGAGCCGGCGCGCCCACCACGUGCCGCGGGCCAAGAGCGAGGACGCCUCGCGGCACUCGUACCCGGGCGUCCUCGAGGUCGCGGGGCAGCCCGGCCAGGAGCUCAGGGAGUACGUGACCACCGUCUAG